AUGCCUUUCGCCAUCGAUAAAAUUCUACUUUGUCUUGCUGUUAUUCUCUUAUUCGCUCUGUCCAUUGAUAUACAUGCCAUUGAUGCUGAUUAUUUCGUUUUGAAUCAUGAUCCAAAUUCACCGGAAUCUGUCCGUUAUAUGGCUAAACGACGAUUUUUGCCAACACGCCGCGAAUCAAAUCUAUACAUCAGUGAUGACGAUGAUGAUGUCAAUGGCCCAAAUAAAGAAGACGAAUUUCAUUUAAAUGCUAAACGAUACUUUCUGAAAUCCAAACGUUACUUUCUUAACAGUAAACGAGAUAUUGAACAAAAUUAUGAAUAA